UAAAUGUAGAGGCUGCUGCUCCAAGGCACGUUUCAGUUCAACCGUAGUGUUUGAUUUCCCAGCCACAGCAAUAUGGUGCCUCCAGGGAAAAAGCCAGCUGGGGAAACUUCCAAUUCCAAUAAAAAGUGUAAGCGCUAUUUCAAUGAGCACUGGAAGGAAGAAUUUACCUGGCUGGAGUUUGAUUAUGAGAGGAAACUCAUGUUUUGCAUAGAGUGUCGGCAGGCACUGGUGAAGAACAAGCACGGUAAAGCGGAGAACGCCUUUACCGUGGGCACGGACAACUUCCAGCGCCAUGCCCUGCUGCGGCAUGUCACCUCCGGCGCCCACCGCCAGGCACUGGCGGUGAACCGGGAGCAGCUGGCUUUCGAGACCCGUGUCCACAGCCACCCGGAGCUGCGCUCGGUCAUCAAGGUGGAGGUGAACCCGGCGAAGGUGGCCGUCCUCACCACCGUCUACUGGAUGGCGAAGGAGGAGAUCCCGGAUGAGAAGUGCUCCUCCCUGCUCGACUUCCAGAAGUUCAACCUGUGCCAGGCGCUGCUGGCCUCCGAGCACAGCGAGUACUACCACCCCAGCAGCAUCAGGGAGAUGCAGGCAGCAAUCGCCAAAGUCCUGCACAACGAGGACAGGCACAGGAUAAAAGCCUCACCGUUUGUUGGGCUGGUGGUGGAUGAGACGGUGGACGUCCUGGAGCACCGCAGCCUUGCCAUGUUCACCACCACCGUCUCCCCCUGCAACGGGCAGACCUCCGCCACCUUCCUGGGGAGCUUCGAGCUGCCCGCCGGGGAGGCCUCCACGGUGGCGGGCAAGGUGGGCGAGGUGAUGCGCUCCUUUGGCAUCCCCACCAUGAAGAUCACCUGGCUCAGCGCUGACAGCGCCUCGCUGGUGGCUGAGCGGCUGAGCGGGGUGGGGACUGCGCUGACCUCCCUCUGCCCGCUCCUCAUGGAGAUGCACUGCCUGUCCCACGGGAGUUCCCUGCUGCCGGCCGAGAGCAUCGUCAGCAUCGAAUACCUCCAGAAAUAUGAGACCACCGUGGAUGCUGUGUACAGGCUCUACUCCAGCUUCAGGGGGGAAAGCAAUGGCUUGCAGGAGCUGCGGAGCGUCCUGGACCUCUGCGAGAUAGACCUCGGGAGCCCCAAAGCCAUCCACUGGACUUCCAUUUUCCCAGCUGUGGAAGCCAUUGAUUCCUCGUGGCCCACGCUGGUGCUGCUGCUGGAGAGUGAGGCAGAGCGGUCGCCUGUGGCCCAUGGCCUCUGUGAAGAGCUCAAGAAGUUCCAGUUUGUGGCCUUCACCAAGAUCCUCCUGGAUGUCCUCCCCAUCUUCCAGAAGCUCAGCCGCUUCUUCCAGAUCGAGGACUUCGACCUCUCCAUCCUGAAGCCCAUCGUCUCUGCCACAGCCACCACCCUGCAGGCCCAGAAGAGCACCAGCGGCCAGAACCUCCAGGAGUUCCUCAACGAGAUGAACGAGCACCCGCGGGAUGACCGGGAGGGCGAGAGCUGCCUCUACUACAAGGGUGUCGAGCUGGCCAACUGCUCCAAGGUGCACCUGAAGCACUUUGAGCGUCUGAAAGAGAGCUACCUGGAGAGCGUGCGGGGCAACCUGCUGGACAGGUUCCCUAGCAGCGUCCUGGAGGCCAUCAGCUCCUUCUCAGCCAUCUUCAACCCCAAGUGCUACCCCCAGUCUUUGGAGGACAUUGGCAGCUAUGGGGUCAGUGAGCUGAAUUUCCUCCUGCAAGCUUACUCCCGGGUGGUGGUGAGCGAGAGGGCCCUGAGCGAUUUCCCCCUCUUCAAGCGGAUUGUCUUCAGCCUCAGCCAGCUCUCCUUCAAGGACCUCUGCGUCAAGCUAGUCUAUAGCAACUCUGAGAUGCACGAGCUCUUCCCGGACUUUGCCAUUCUCGCGGCCAUCGCCCUGGCCUUGCCGCUGGGCUCAGUCCUCGCUGAGAAGAUCAGCCGGGGCCGGGAGCUGCUGAAGCGUGGCCGGUCAUGCCGCGCGAAGGACGAGGGGCUCUCAGACCUCAUGAAGAUUGCCAUUGAUGGGCCAGCCAUCAGCGAGUUUGACUUUGCGUUGGCCAUUGAGUACUACGAGAGCAUGAGGGAGUCCGGCUUCAUCGUGGCACAGGUGAAGUGAGCGGUGGCCGGCGAAGGCAGAGCCCUGCGGGCAGGGAGCCGGGUCCUGCAGGCAGCCCCGAGUGCCAGCUCGACGCCGCCUUUCCUAUCACUAGUCACCGCUGGAGCCAGGGGGCCGCUGGUGGGUGGUGACCUGCUCCGUGCUGGGAAGAGGGAACGGGAUCCUUCACAAAGCCGUGCCGGUCCCACAGCCACCCCUCCCUCAUCCCUCAAACAUCCGUCUGAAUUGGCCAGAAUUUAAAAUCUUGGGGCCACCUGAAAUCCCAAAUUGCGAUGAGGUUUUUUUCAAGGGUUUGUUAUUAUUUUGUUUUAGGGAGAUGAAGGCAAAUCUUCUCUUGAGCUCAAAUGUCACAUUGCCUUUGCACAAUGAUACCCAGCAGCUUUUACUUAAUACUCUGCAAAAAUAUCUGAUUUUUGUUGUUUUGGAGCCUCGAGAAUGAAUGCAGAAAAGGCAGCGCAUCUUUCUAGCUCUGUGGCAAACCCUGAAAUGCCUGGCGGUGUCUUGUUGGUAUUCCUUGCGCACAGCACAAAAUAUUUUUAGCGGUGGCAUCAAGUCAUGAUCAUUUCAAGAGCAAGAGAUUUAGAGAAUGAUAUUGUA